AUGAUCGGAGGAGUGGCAGGUCGACACAUGAGCACCCGCCGGCGGGGUAGCUCACCUAUGGCCAACAUGCAACCGAUGGGACAUUACAGAAGAAGAAGAAGAGCCGUGACAACAUCGGACCACAAAUCAUGUGCCCUAAUACAAACGAGAAUCAAAUUAGGUGAUAUUAUGUAA